AUGAAAAUGAAUUGUAAUGAAUUGUAUGAAAUUGAAUAUGAAUCGAAUCAAAAAAAUGCUGAAGAAGUUGAUGAUGAUGUCGUUGGAGAAAAAACGAAAAAAGUUCAACGACAAAAAGGAAUAAAGACACAAAUAACUGACGAAGAAGAUAGUGUAGAUCUAUACUUUAUUAGUCGACAAUUAACGACUGCUAAAAGUGAUGCCAUGUCGAAAUUAGUAGGCUCAUCAAUUACAAAUGAUUCUCUUUCACAAUUUUUUGAUGAUCAGUCACAUCCAGAAAUAACUGCUGUGGCAACAGCAAAUAUAUCAGAUUCACACUCACAAACAGUUAUACUCGAUCCAAAUGAAAAAACUGAAUUAUCAAAACAAAUCAGUGAACUAAAAAAAAUGAUUGCUAAAAAUGAAUAUCCUCCACCACUAGCUGAAUCAAUGAUAGUAAAAAAGAUUAAUUUGAUGACACUUGAUGGAAAAACACCGACUCGAUUCAUGCUCAAUGUUGCUCGUGUGAUGCUUGAAUCGGAUCAAUUUACUAAUGGAUAUCUACCCGAUUUUAAAGGAGAAAAACUUAGCCGAAUUCCAAUUGACGAAGAUUAG